CGAUUUAUAGUUAACGUAAAAUGAGGAAUAUAUUAAAUAAAAAAACAUUCUUUUUAUUCUUAUUUUUUGUGGUGAUCUUGUUAUUAUUUCUAAAAACAUUCAAGGACGUGACUAUCCAUGAGCAAUUUUUAAACGGUUAUAAAAUUAUUACCGAAAAUGAUGAAAUAAAAAAUAUUGAAGUCGUGACGACACCUCAAGCAACACGAAAACAAGAAACGACAGAACCAAAUGAGGCACCGAAAUUAAAAUACAUACUUCAGUGGACUUCUGCGCAGGGAGUACCAUUUGCUUACAUGGGAAAAGGACAGGAAGGUUUUAUACAAAGAAAAUGCCCACACACCAAUUGUUUUGUGACCGCGGACCGCAAUUUGCUCGGUGAUUAUACAAAAUUCGACGUGAUAGCUUUCGCAGGACCUGACGUGGUACGCAUGUCGGAAAAAACUUUGCCUGAAAAGAGGUCACCGCAUCAAAAAUACGCAUUCGCUACAAUAGAAUCCUCGGACAAUUACCCAGUUUGCUCAAAUCGAUUUGACGGUUACUUUAAUUGGACAUGGACAUUCCGACUGGAUUCGGAAGUCCGAUGGGGAUAUUUCAAUGUCAAAGAUAAAAACGAAAACGUUAUUGGACCGAAUAAAAUAAUGCACUGGAUGAAAAUUGAAGACAUGGAACCGGUCAGCGAGGAUUUCAAAAUACAGUUAAAGUCUAAGUCUAAGGCCGCAGCGUGGUUUGUGUCAAAUUGUUACACAAGAAGCAGAAGGGAAGAUUUCGCUAAUGAACUUCAAGUGGAACUGAAAAAGUAUAAUUUAGAACUAGAUAUCUACGGCAGAUGUGGAAACCUUAAAUGUUCCCGGGACACAGAAGAGGCAUGUGAUGAAAUGAUCAGAGAAAAAUAUUACUUUUACUUGUCGUUUGAAAACUCAUUUGGUGAAGAUUAUGUCACAGAAAAAUUAUUACAUGCCCUAGAAUUCGACGCUGUUCCUGUAGUGUAUGGCGGUGCUAACUACACCAGGUUCAUGCCUGAAGGGAUUUAUUUGAAUGCGAGGGAGUUAGGAGCAGCCGCAUUAGCUGAAAAAAUGGCAUACCUGAUAAAAACACCAGAUCGUUACAUCGAUAUGUUUAAAUGGAAAAAUCAUUACACGUACUUCAGAAAAUUCAGAAGAGUCGAUACAGAUGAGUACUGCUUAUUUUGUACUAUACUGAAUCAGGAAGACAAAGUGAAAAGUAUAUCUGUGUACGAGAAUUUCAGAAAGUGGUGGGAUCCUCCAAAUCGAUGCUAGCUGAUAUUUCGACAGGCUCUACGUAGACUGAUGCGACUACGUAUCGGUAAAACUAUUUUUGCUAUUAACGUUUUGAGGAUACACCAUUAUAUGCCAAGCAGAAGCCUAGAUUGAUGUAAAUUGUGCCUAUAAUGUACUGUCGAAAAGUUAAUUGACCUAAAAGUCUACUAAUGUACCUAUUAUAUUGUAAUUUAAAAACAAAAUAACCGAAGUUUCGAAUCUAUUGUUAUAUCGAUCAAUGGCUGCCGUCGAUUUACAACGCCCCCUAGGUAGGUACUAAUAAGGAUUUGUAUCGGUAUGGUACGUUGUGCGCCCACUCUAUUGAGUAUUGCCACCCUGUCUAUUUCUGCAGCUAAGUACACAUGCGUUCAGAUUUGAAGAGCGAGACAGGCUUUAAAAAAUAGACUUGAGACUUCGACCUGGGUGGUGGCAUUUACGUUGUGAUAUCUCUAGAUUCCGGUAACCAGACGGGCCGUUAGGUUGUCCACACAUUUUGUGGAAUAAAAAAGAUGUGUGGUGUCGUGAGACACCGGAUAGGAACGAAGUUCCUUAUUAUAAAAAUA